UCCACCACCUGAAUCAGCAGCCGGACCCGUGGUCACGAUCGUGUUCCGUCUUCUGUUCCCCGCGCGCAAGAUGUCGUCGUUCCAACCGCACGAGAGCGCCGAUCCGGCGCUGUGCGCCGCCGGCUGCGGCUUCUUCGGCAGCCCGGCUACCAAGGACAUGUGCUCCGUCUGCUACAAGAAGAACCACUGCAUCGUCACCGACGCCGCCUCCUCCACUGCCACGGCGUCCGAACCCGUCCCGCGAUCCGCCGUUGCCGCAAAGCCAGCCGUGCCGGCGCCCGCCGCUUCCAGCGUAUCUUUCGCGCCCGCUAAAGGCGCCGUUGCUGAACCGACGGUUCCGUCCUCCUCCGCGCCCGAGCCCGCGACGAAGGCGCAGCCGAGCCGGUGCGCGGCCUGCUACAAGAAGGUGGGGCUGACAGGGUUCGUGUGCCGAUGCGAGAAGACGUUCUGCGGGAAGCACAGGUACGCGGAGGAGCACUGCUGCGCCUUCGACUUCAAGGGCUGCGGCCGCGACGCCAUCGCCCGUAGCAACCCCGUGAUUAAGGGAGACAAGCUGGCCUGCAGGAUCUGAAUAUCUCUGAUCGCCACGCUUGAGUCUUGACUCCCGUUAUGCCAUGCUUGCGGUUCUCUGUGGCCGGCCGCCCGUUCAGAUGC